UGCCAGCAAAGGUCCUUUAGCUUACGAUUUUCAAGCCUCUACCACUAAAUCAGUAUGUAGCAUCCAGGAGCUAUAGAUGGUGUGUGUUGCUUGCAAUGAUAUUCUUGUGCUUGUUUACAUAGUUUCUUCUACUAUGUUAAUGUGGACUAAUGAUGACAGUCACUCCUAUUAGGCUUCGUUUUGGAGAUCUUUGCCCAGCACAUCUACAGAAUGAACAUAUCCGCUGUGUUUAAUGCUCUGCUUGUGUCUAUACUGGCAGCAGUGCUGUGGAAAUAUGUCAAGUUAUGGGAACAGUUUACUAUCCUUGAGGAGGAGUUGGACCUUACACGUCAAUCCCAAGAGUUGUCCCAGGUACACAUAGACUAUCAAGCAGCUUUAUAUGCUCUUGUGGAAGAUGGCACUAAAAUGGUCUGUACGGGUAAGAUGCACACAGAUCGCGUGUGUCGCUUUGAAUCACUUUGUUACUCCACGGAGGCUGAGGAGUUUGUCUUCUUUCACAGUAACUCAUCCAUCAUGUUGCCAAGCUUGGGUUCUAGACGGUUCCAGCCUGCUCUGCUAGACUUGUCUUCAGUAGAUGACCACAAUACGCAAUAUUUCAACUUUGUUGAGCUUCCUGCUGCUGCACUGCAAUUUAUGCCCAAGCCUGUCUUUGUACCAGACGUUGCCCUCAUAAUGAACAGGUUUAAUCCUGAUAACCUGAUGCACGUUUUUCAUGAUGACCUUUUACCCAUAUUUUACACCAUGCAGCAGUUCCCAGACUUAGAUCUGGAUUCCCGUCUGUUCUUUAUGGAGGGCUGGGGUGAGGGCUCUCACUUUGACCUCUACAAGCUUAUGAGCAAUAAGCAGCCACUCCUUAAGGAGCAGUUAAAGAACUUGGGGAGGUUACUUUGUUUCACCAGGUCUUAUGUUGGUUUAACAAAAAUCACAACAUGGUAUCAGUAUGGCUUUGUCCAACCACAGGGCCCAAAGGCAAAUAUAUUAGUUUCUGGCAAUGAAAUAAGACAUUUAGCAAAUUUCAUAUUGGGGAAACUGAACAUUAGCUCUGCUGAAAGUUCAUCUGAAGACUAUAUAGUUCUCUUCAGCCGAACAAUGAAUCGACUCAUUGUCAAUGAGGCCGAAUUACUCCUGGCUCUUGCUCAGGAAUUUCAGAUGAAAACCAUCACAGUCUCUUUAGAGGACCACUCUUUUGCAGAUAUUGUACGUCUGAUCAGCAAUGCUACCAUGCUUGUCAGUAUGCAUGGGGCACAGUUAGUUCUGUCUAUGUUUCUACCAAAAGGGGCCUCUGUGGUAGAGCUUUUUCCUUAUGGCGUAAACCCAGAUCAUUACACACCAUACAAAGCUUUGGCAACUCUUCCAGGCAUGGAGCUCCAGUAUGUUGCUUGGCAAAACAAAGAAGUGGCAAACACUAUUGCGUACCCUGAAAGGCCAUGGGAACAAGGUGGCAUUAUGCAUCUAGGUGCCAGCGAGCAAAAACGUAUAAUGAAAAGCAAGGAGGUGCCGCGUCAUCUCUGUUGCCGUAAUCCAGAGUGGCUUUUCCGUAUCUACCAGGACACUAAGGUUGAUGUAUCAUCUCUCAUUCAAGUCAUAAGAAGUGUUGUUAAAACUAAGCCUGGCUUCAGGAAGCAGAAGUGGGCAAAUGGAUUGUAUCCUGGGAAGGUCAGAGAAUCCAGAUGCCAGGCCUCUUCCUCUGAAGCAAGCGUGACAAAGCUGUCUGUGACUUGGCAGAUUCCGUGGAAUUUGAAGUAUUUGAAAGUAAGAGACGUGAAAUAUGAAGUAUGGAUACAAGAGCAAGGAGAAAACACGUACAUGCCUUACAUAUUGUCCUACCAGAACCACACGUUUUCUGAAAACGUUAAACCAUCAACAACCUAUUUGGUGUGGAUCCGAUGCAUAUUCAAUAAAACACUACUUGGGCCGUUUGCAGAAGUCUUGGUGUGCAAAACAUAACACAAAACUAUUAUUUAUGUACAUCCAUUACUAGGCAAGUCUGAAUACACUAACAGUAAAAAAAGGAUUUGCUUUACCACUGACUGUUUCGAUUUUCCAUGUUUUAAAUUAUUUCUUUUCUAUAUUACAUGUAAAAACUCUGUCUGGAACCUUACGCACCGACCAUAAUAACUGGAAGAUUUGGACUUAAAGGGAGUCUGUCAGCUGCCAAAUCCCUUUCAAAGUAACCCCAAUGCCUGGUAGGGCCUCCCCAUAUUGCACACAUACAUUGCUGCCAGAUCUGAUACUGCAAUCUGGAGGAAUUCAUCUUUUAAUCCAUAUGCACGAGUGUGACCUCAGUGCACCAUAGCUCCUCUGCUUUUUCCCUCCAAGCGCCUGCCACUCUAGCUUGAUUGACAGGGCCAGGCUUCCCUAGUGCCAUUCGGUUGGACCCUGGAGUAUUGUGCUGCCUGUGCCAUUAGUGCAAGCCCUGGUGCACGUGCCUCAGUGACAAGGAUGAAACUAACAGCACGAGGAUUUAAUGGCCAGAUGUGUUGAUGCUGGGAAAGCCUUGCUAUGUCAAUCAAGGUAGAGUGGGAAGUGCAUGGAGGAAAAAGUGGAGCAUCUAUGCACUGAGUAGCUCACGUCUGCCCUUGGUG